AUGGCUACCAAUGAGCUGGCAUACUCUGCUGACCAAGAAAUUGCUAAUUUCUUCGAAAAGAGUGCAGCGACUGGCCGAACCUGUGACACAUCUGCGAGGGAGCAUGUUGGUGGCAAUGUCGUUCCGGUGGCCGUCAUAAGCAGGCAAAAAAACCUUGUUGAAACCCCCUGCAGUGUGCUAAUGCCCGAGGCCGACCUUGCCUACUUCCACCCUUAUCUCGCGUUAGCUGUUCAUGGUGGUGACUAG